AUGGUGAAGUCGUCGCGAGGGGAGAAGGCAACCUUAAGGAAAGGACCAUGGACUCCUGAGGAAGACCAGAAGCUCAUGGCUUACAUUCAACAACAUGGCCAUGGAAAUUGGUCUUCCUUGCCUGCAAAAGCUGGACUCCGAAGAUGUGGGAAGAGCUGCAGACUGAGAUGGACUAAUUACCUAAGACCUGACAUCAAACGAGGCAACUUCAGCUCGCAAGAAGACCAAACCAUUAUUCAACUUCAUGCUCUUCUGGGAAACAGAUGGUCGGCUAUAGCACUUCAUUUGCCAAAAAGAACAGACAAUGAGAUCAAGAACCACUGGAACACCCACCUCAAGAAGAGGCUCACCAGAAUGGGAAUAGACCCCACCACUCACAAACCCAUAAACGACGCCGUACACGGCCAGUCCAAGGACGCAGCCAACAUCAACCACAUGGCUCAGUGGGAGACUGCUCGGCUCCAAGCCGAAUCCAGACUGGUCAGAGAAUCCAAGCUUCGGCUCCAGAUCAACGAGCUUAUCGGCUCCUUCUGUUCCCAAAAUUCAUGGUCGCCGACGUCGCAGUCUCCAACUCCGGCAACUACUGCUGAUAACAUCCCCAAAAUGCAUAGCAUGUAUGCCAUGAUGCUCGCCACCGAGGACGACCUCAAGUCGCCGACGUCGACGUUAAGCUUCCCAGACACCAUUUUCCUCAGCUCCAACACUAGUGCUGAUAGUAAUAUGACCAACUUUGGACUUAUCAAUCAAAGCUUAUUACUUCCUUAUUCUUCCAACGCCGGAGGGGACAGUGCAAUAAUCAUGAAAGAAGCGAGUGAUGGUGCGUCAUAUUGGGAAAACUCAGUGGGAAGCUUGAUGAGAGACGACGACAUUAUGGUGGCCGUGGAAGGAUUCAGAUCAAGAGGUUAUAACUGUAAUAAUUCCAUGGCAGGCCUGCACAAUGACGGUGUGUUGGCGUAUGGAUUCAAUGAGAUCUCACCACAACAAAACCUGGGAGUCUUAAACGUCGGAGAAGAAGGAAGCACCAACUUUGAGGAGAAGCAUUAUUGGGAAACCAUACUCAACUUGGUCAAUGAUUUUCCCUGA